CACACGACUCCAUCCCGAUCACCCAAUCCCAAAUCGUAAUAGGACGAAAUCCGGAAUUGUGCGACGUCAUUAUCCCGGACGUACGGCUGAGCAAACGGCAUUGUGUGAUAUGGCGGGUGAACAGUGAAAGUGGGAGGUGGGAUGUGUUUGUGCGGGAUUUGAGUGUUAAUGGAUGUUCAAUUCAGGGGAAAGGAAAGCUGACGAAGGGUAAGACGAUGGGUUUGGAGGGUGGUGAUGGUUUAGUUUUGUUUCGGGAUCGGGAUGAGAUGGUGGGAUUCCGGCUACUGUUGUUGCAUGACGAUGCGGUUCGCGACGAAGGUUGUGUGAAGGAAGGGGAAGACGUCGAGGAAGCUACGCAACGGAUGCGUGAGUCAAGGAUCAGUCCCUUAAAACGUGCCGUGUGCGACGUCGACGAUGAUGACACCACGAAGAUCAAAUCACCGCCUAAACGAACACGUUCCUCCCUGAGCUCCGCCGCCUCAAUUCCAGCACCGCGCAAGCCAUGGGCUCGACUACUCUCCCUCAACCCGACAUCAUGUCCUUCUUUCGCUCUCAUAGAAGACGAACUACAGAUCGGCAGAAAAGAUAUCGCUGGCGAUAUCAGGAUAUCCUCUCAUCAUUGUCGGCUGCGACGGGACUUGGGGACUGGAAAGGUCAGAUUGAUAGAUUCUAGUUUGAAUGGAUCGUGGGUAAAUGGGGACUUGAUUGGAAAUAGGAAGGAACGCGCGAUCGAGGAGAAGGACGAGAUCGUCCUUAUUUAUGGCGAAGACAAUGGGAGAAGUGACGCCAAGGAUAAAGAGGGGAGGUCGGUGGAGAUUGGGUGGGUGUUCGUCUAUGUAUGACAUCAGACCGACAUGCCUUCUCACUUCUAUCGACUAUCAUCACACGAACAAGCUUUUUGUUCAUCUAAACCAUCCGACUGCUACCUCGUCCGUACUUCCUCGUGUACGUCGUUCUUGCAGGUUCAUCGAUUUGCUGGAAAAUAUGAAUACUGAUCCCACCCCUCACGUCGCACCUGCGCAUGCAGUGGCGUGCCGGCGGGGUCGACUGGCCAUGGGUUGAUCAACUGCAGUAAGCACAGGCUAAAUACACAGAGGACUUUCAGCUUGCGAUGAUACCCUCAUCCUGCUGUUGGAUCUGUCUUUUAGCAACAGUACCAUAGAAUUGAACAGAAAAUCACUCGGCAGUUGACGCAAUCAUGGACG